UUGGUUAACCAUCCUUAUUCUACUUGGUUAUAUGGCCAUGGUGAUUGUGAUUUUACUUAAUGUCCUUAUUGCACAGUUGAGUUUCACAUACAGUGAAGCCAAGAAUAAUGCAAAACUUCAGUACGCUAUCGACAGAAUGUCAAUUGUCACUCGACUAGAGCAAAGUACAUUUGGAAUUGUAAGUAUACAUAUUAGUAUGUUUUUUGGCAAUUCAUUUGUGGGCUUUAAGCCUGGUUUCCAUGUAAUAUGGUCGUAAAAAUAGAGCCACGAUCUUUCUCAAUGGCCAGUUUAUAAUAGUUUAUACCUGUAAACCACAUGCAUAUAAAUCAUAAGUAUUCUCUAUAGUUAUAUAUUCACUCCGCGUAUUUUCAGUUCUAAAAGGUUGUAUUUCGGCUGAUGAGAAAGAUCGUGACUCAAUCUUUACGACCGUUACGACCAUAGAUAUCUUAUAUACACUAGAUAGUGCGUCUAAUUAUUCUGCAAUUCAAAAAUUGAAGCCGUGAUUGCAGACUCGGAUAUUCCCAUGAAAUGAGAAGACUCGUAUGUUUUCUAUUUCUUAAACAGGGAACUUAAACAUUAAGUUAAACCUAUUCCAAAUACAUUUUCAAACUAUUCAAAUGAUGAAAGUUAUUGUUGUUUUUUAAGCGUUUAUUAGCGAGUGGGAAACUUCAACAUGGCCGCCAUCUAUACAAAUGGGGGUAACCGCUGGAAUAUUCUUGGCUUCAAUUUUACUAAAAGAGAUGCGCUAUCUAGUGUAUAUAAGAUAUCUAUGGUUACGACCAUGUGGAAACCAGGCUUUAGCAAGGAUUAAGCGGGGGCAGCAGAUGGUGGUCAACGUCAGGAAUGUUGGCGUUUAUAGGAGCAACCAAAUUAAAUGUCUCAUUUCUGUUUAUUUGCCUCCAAAUUCAAUAAUGCUAUACAUUCAUUUCACACUGGUUGAUCACCAUCUUCUGCUUGACACAAUGAUAAAAUCUCCUUGAUAAAAUUCAAGGAGCCAUUGAGGAUCGAAACUAUUUCUGUGUGGUAUUUCUCGACUUAUCAAAAGCUUUUGACAUAUAGUUAACCACAAUAUGCUUCUACAAAAGCAUGAAUACUAUUAUAGUAUUAUAUAGGUAUUAUUUUAUAGUGGUUCCAGUCUUACUAAGCAAUUUAUAUCGAUAGAACACAUAAAUUUUGACCAUACGCAUGCAUGCUAAUACUCCAACACAACCAACCAGCCAACCGGUCCUUUCAUGCGGCCCUUCGACCGCCACAGCCAUGCAGCCCGCACCUAUUUCAAUUUCAAGUUUAAAUCUACUUAAUUCGUGUAUGUAACAAAUUUUGUGUCGUGUCAUGUCCUGUCUUGACACAAUAAUAUUUAGUGAAAUCCUGACACAAUUACAGAUAAACUACGUGAAGCAUUCCUCUUUUGAGUUGCUAUAACCCAUUUGGAAUUUUCAUAAUUAUAGCUUUGCAAAUUUGAAAAACUCUUUGCAAAACCCUUGAGGGAAUUUGUAAUUGUUGCUUUGGGCUGUUGUAAUAUUCCAAUGCAGAGAAACUCCCUCUUAAAUUUUCCUAACUUCCUGUUUAACCCAAUCACAACGCACAGCACAGAACAGAACAGAACAGAACAGAACAGAACAGAACAGAACAGAACAGAACAGAACAGAACAGAACAGAACAGAACAGAACAGAACAGAACAGAACAGGAAGUUAAGAACUUGUAACAGGAAGUUAAGAACUUCGAAUUUUGAAAGUAUGUUAUCUCUUUAUAGAAUUUUAGAGUAAAGUAUUACAAGGAUGGUGCUCGAGUGAGUGAAAAUGAUCUUGUUAAAGGUAAUAAUAAUGAUACAAAUUAUUGUAAUUCAAGUAUACAGAACUACCUAUGAGAACUGCCACGCUAUAUAGGGCCUGCUACCUUCUACUAUAGUGUUUCAUGAUCCGAGAUUUUUGGCCAUUAAAUUUCAUGGAGAACUCUGGCAUCACCUGAGUAUAUAUAUGUGAGAAUAAUUUCAAGCAGAUAAAAUUAUCUGUGUGUUCUUUGGUAGAAAUGUUGGAAUACAGCGAAGAAAGACAUCCAUGGGAGUCAAUGGAAGAGAAACUUACAUUAGUCAGGUAAGAUACACUGCACCCUCAUCACCCUGUAAUCUGAUACUCCAGCUAAAUUCAAUUAAGGUUAUCGCAAAGCCAAAUAUUUGCAACCCCACUGCCCCCAGCUCAGAUAUUAUUGGGAUGGUACACUGUUUAGUACAUCUGCUUUUUCAUCAAUGCAACUGGCCUCUAUUGUUGUAGACCUGCUGCAAAUCUCAUCUGAAUUUUGUAUUGUUCCGCUAAUAUUGUGCAUAAUAAUGUGUCAAUAUUGUGCUAGUCUUAGAAACUAGGCGAAGUUUCCAUAUAUUAACUUCACACCGACUUGAUCUCGUGGGCAUUAAGGCCUGAUUCCACGAGGCGGAAUUUUUCGACCGAAACGAAAUUUCUCUUUGUCUUUUUACAAUUAGUUCUGCUCAAGAGCUCUGAAACAAAGAGAAAUUUCGAUUCGGUCGAAAAAUUUCGCCUAGUGGAAAACCGCCUUUUAAGGCCCGAUUCCACGAGGCGGAAUUUUUCGACCGAAACGAAAUUUCUCUUUGUCUUUUUACAAUUAAUUCUGCUCGAGAGCUCAUGAAACAAAGAAAAGUUUCGAUUCGGUCGAAAAUUUUCGCCUAGUGGAAAACCGCCUUUAAGGCCGGAUUCCACGAGGCGGAAUUUUUCGACCGAAACGAAAUUUCUCUUUGUCUUUUUACAAUUAGUUCUGCUUGAGAGCUCAUGAAACAAAGAGAAAUUUCGAUUCGGUCGAAAAAUUCCGCCUAGUGGAAAACCGCCUUAAAGGCCUGAUUCCACGAGGCGGAAUUUUUCGACCGAAACAAAAUUUCUCUUUGUCUUUUUACAAUUAGUUCUGCUCGAGAGCUCAUGAAACAAAGAGAAAUUUCGAUUCGGUCGAAAAAUGUCGCCUAGUGGAAAACCGCCUUAAGGCCGGAUUCCACGAGGCGGAAUUUUUCGACCGAAACGAAAUUUCUCUUUGUCUUUUUACAAUUAGUUCUGCUUGAGAGCUUAUGAAACAAAGAGAAAUUUCGAUUCGGUCGAAAAAUUCCGCCUAGUGGAAAACCGCCUUUAAGCCGGUUUUCCACUAAGCGGAAUUUUGCACGCGGAGCGGAAUUUUUCUUUGUCUUGUGAUUUCUCGGGUGGAACUAAUUAGAAAAGACAAAGAGAAAUUCCGCUCCGCGCGCAAAAUUCCGCCUAGUGGAAAACGGCCUUUAGACUAGCAAACAAAAAGUCGCGGGUUUAAUUCCCACCGCAGUCAAGCAAAAUUUUCAGCUUGCCCGGUUUGGACACUCUCAGGGUGGAUCAUCUUCAAUAUAUCUAUUCCCGAAUACGUACACCUCGAUUAUUACACUGUAAAUUUGUAAAAGUUGUGUUAAACCAUAUUUUAUAUUUCCUUUUUUUCGUUACAUAUUUUUUCAGAGAUUUAAUGAGGAAAGUAAUACGAAAAGUGUCGGACAAAUUCGACUAACGAGGAACAGAAAAGGACCUUAUUACCAAGCUACAUGUAUUCGUUUUCAAACUGCGGUUUCUGAGGCUAUUCCAGGUUGCUGAAUGUUAAUCACGAAUAGGAACUAUAGUUACUGUAUAUGCCUAUUACUUUCUCCGGAGAAACCUGAUGUUUAGGAUUUUGAGUUGGAUUUGGGGACAUGCAUACAUGCAAUAUAGCUUUUUUUGAAAGACAUAUAUGAAGUAGUUGCCGACGACAUUUUCUCUGGCUUGCUGUACCUGUGGCCACCCUCUUGCUCUCUAUAUAAGAUGACUGUAAUUACGCGAAGGUAUAGAUCAGUGAACUCUAUAAAUAUACUGGAAUGAUAACUCGAGAUCUUGGAUAAAUGGCCAUACGAUUGGGUGAAACCAACACGGCGGCCAAUGGAGUGAUUUCUUGUAGGUAUAAAACACGCGUGUACUUCGCGCGGGAGCUGAAAAAUGACUAUUAGGUUUUCCACUCGAUGUUUUUGAAUUUUUGCACGUAAAAACUUAUUUUUAGCCGUAAAUACCUCACUUAAAAGUUAAAAACUAAAUGUAUUUUGGUCCAACUUAUUAUGUGUUCAGUUCAAAUCCCUCAUAGACAGUCAAAAACAAAAGUUUUGCUGGUGAUUCCCCCGGGUGUUUUUUAACUUGUUUUUCACACGUCAGAUAACUUUGUUUUUCAUUGAUAAUGUAAGGCCAUAAUAAAAAAAUGAAAAUGAAGAGAAAAAAAGUUAAAAAGUAUGAAAUUAUCAUGUGAACGCAGACAAAAAAUUUUAACUAAAAGCUAGCGAAAAAAAUAAGGUGAAUAAGUUGCAUUAGGCUUCCAACAACGAGCCAGUGGUCUAGUGGUAAAAACUACACGCUGUGUAAUGUACCAUUGUGGUUCAAGUCCUACAAAAGUCAUAUUGUGACUUCAAAUUUUGUGUCUUCGUGCUUUGAAGAAUGACUUAGCCUCCAUUGAAUACAAAAAUACCCAAUUUCAAAAUUAACAAGAAUGACUUUAUUUAAAUUUCACAACAACAGUAAUGUUUAAUCAAACCGCCACACUUCUCGAUCACCUCAAUUAAGGGCAUCGUCUGCUCACCUGCAGAGUUAUAGGGAGUUUGGCAAAUACAACGGCAACUGUCAUCAAUAAUAGCAUUGAUCCUCAAAGGCGAAUGUAAAUUACAUGGUCUUAAGCGUUGUACAAUGCCGUGGUUGUUGAACUAUACUAGUACGUGAUUUGCAUCAUUUUCACGGUGCAUGACCACGGCAACAGUUAAUUUGUUGCAUGUUAUUUGAGGUGUUUUAUAUGAAUUCGCAGACUAUUUUUACUUAAGGGCUGUUUGAGAAAAACAGGAAUACUCAAAGAGGCAAAUUAAGUGCAGUAACGUAUACUAAUAACGUAUGCUCAAAAGCAAUGGACCUUUUCUCUAAUGAACAAAAUUUUGAUCUAGACAAAACUUUAUCACACCUGGAAAGAGCAUCACAAAAUUAGUAAUAUUGCGAAGUUUCGUUGGGAAAUGUUGUAAAAUGCGGAUAAUAUAGUCCUACGAAGUUUGUCGUUUUUCAGUCAUUUUGUAUUACGCACGGGAAAUUGAUACCUUUUUUCAGAAAGCGGUAAUAUUAAUCAUUGGGACAAUGAUAAAUAUUUUCAUAAAUUCUGAUCCUGAUAAAGGCACAAGAAUAUAAUAAACAGGUUAUCAUAAUCGGGACGAGGCGAUAUCAGUUUUAUCACUUUCAGGACGAUAUCAUAAAUGUCCCCCAAAUGAGAAAACUGAUAUAGCAUCGCCACUCAUAUGAUGACCUAUACUUAUUCUUCAUUUCUUGUUACAUACGCAUCUCUGUUUGGAGUAAGAGAAUUGCCUACUUGCUACACUGUUAUUUGCCCCAGCAGCUGAAUGCUCAAUGGACGUUCACAAUGGUCACAGAGUUGUAAUUAAUAUUCUCUUUCUAACAAUUUCUUAG